AUGGCUUUAUCCUCAGCAUUUAUUGGAAGAGCAUCAUUAGAAUAUCUUAACACAGAAUUAUCAAUUCUUUGUAGAUUAAUCUCAACUAAAAAACUAUCAACCUUGUCUCAACUACCACAAAUG